AUAGCCUCCCAUCCAGCCAGAACACCAAGAAGUCCAAUGACAGGCCUGUCAAUCCUUGGGCGAAGACCGGUUACUUUUUCUCGCAGCCGGUAGCACUUGACUCCGCGGCCCGUUCACCAUCUGGUAAUCGAUCGCCAAACGGAUCUAGCCCGGGUAAAUUCAUCAUGGCCAGACUCGAUCCAAAACUCAAGGAUGCCUUGAGCGAAGAGACUUGGACGGGCAAUGCUCCUAAGUUCCACGUCGAGAGACAGACCCCGUACCACAAUGAGAAUGGCAAGAAGCGAGACAGUCGCUUUGCCAAGGUUCCGGCCCACAACCCGCGGCUGGAGAAACUUAAAGAGCUGGGGAAGCUGAGAAGCGAUCGGGACUACCCGCGUCAUCCAACCGAUGAAGAGAUACUCGAGGCGGAACGGAAUCGCACGCCUUCCGAAAUUGCCUUUGAAGAGGAGCGGGGCAUUAGACGGGAACAGAUUAUCUAUGAGGCGCCCAGUCAGCCUUGGACUGGUGAAUUUGGGGGCUUCGAGCCAUUCCCCGUCGUGUCGGACUAUCGAAUGGAGGGUCGGAAACUCAUCCUACCUACCCAAUGGGAAACCCGACCCGGAUUCUCUGGCUGUGUUGAUGCUGAGAUCAUGGACUGGCGGAAGGUCGUUGCAGAAGUGUGCGGCGUGUUCGUGGUCCCAAUCCAUCAAAAGGGUUUCCAUGGAGAGGUCAAUCUUGAGGUUGCAUGUAACCUUUGGGUUCCCAAGGACAUUGAUGGCAUGGACCCCACGGAAUUUUGGUCCUGUCAUGUAGUCAGCGAAUUGGCCGCACAGUGCGAUGUCGCAAAGACAGAUCGCCCAUGGUGGGAACUCUUGAUCGACAGCAGGACCCUCCACGUGAUGCGUCCUUGGAUCCAGCCAGAAACCGUACUCGAUCCACUGGAUUCCAAGUAUGCGGCUGCACGGGCGGAAGAGAACACGUCGGAAGGCGCGAUCAUGCAUGCACUCAAGCUUGAAGCAGAACGACAACAGGCCAAGGAUGCUAAGAUGGCCAAGAAGGCAGAAGAAGCGAAACGGAUCCGUGAGGAAGUGGCACGAAUCCCCGAACGGCCCCCGAACCCAAACACACCGAAGGCCAAUAUCUACAUUCGUCCUGCUCUCGUCACCGACCUUGUCCAAGCAGCCGAGAUCUAUAAACACUAUGCAAAGAACACAGUCCACGCUCCCGAUCUCGAUAUGACCCCAGCGAGAAUGCGGGAUAUCUUCGACGAUGUCGCCCAAUGUGGCUUGCCUUUCUUCGUCGCACUUCUCCGCGGGAAGUCCAAGAGUCAGCGUGCCAAUCGCAACCGUGAUCCCAACUACGCCGAGAAGUUAGUCGGAUUCUGCUUCGGGCAGAGCCAUUCUACUGGAACCACGGUCUAUGGUAUCACAGCUGAUGUACAGAUCUACGUGGAGCCCAAGUGGCUUCAAAAAGGCAUCUCAAAUUGCCUGAUGGACCGAAUGCUAUGGGGCCUUGAUAAGUCCUACCUCCCGCGCGAUGGAUACCUGUGGGAACACAACCACGAUACCGGCGAAUGGACCAUGCCCGGUGGCAACGUCGAAGUUACCAACGUCGUGGUGAAGGUUCUCUAUGAGAGUGAUUAUAAGACCAACCAGGGAGCCGAUAUCUGGGCCAAAGGCAUUGAGCACGUUCCCGAGGACAUCCCGGUUGCGGAGAAGAUCCGCAAGAAGGUCCUCGCGUCAUGGCUCCUCAAGUGGGGUUUCAAGAAGGUUGGCGAGACCGACGGCAUCGGGUCCAAGAAAUUCGGCGGUAAGGUCCAUGAGGUGGGCGAGUCCGUCUAUCGUCUCCGCACUGGGGAAUCGAAGUGGCGUUGAUGGCGAGACGCGAUCGGAUUGCAGUGCGGGAUUCGAUCGACGACAUGGCGAGACGCACGGGUUCAAGAGAAGAGACAGAUACAUGAUGUUAAACAGGCGAUGAUUGCGGAUACGAAUGGUGCGAUGCGAUACGGUUUCGGUUUCGGUUCUGGUUUUAGUUCGAUUGCGGGUGUUUUGUUUUCUCGGUUUUCCUUCCAUUGUCGGCCAGUACGCGCUCAAUACAC